AUUUGCGGGCCGAUCCUCGGAUUGGGUCGCCUGACCCGCCAGAGCGGAAGCUACUACGCUCCCUCGCCUAGAUCCUGCUUGCCGCUCUCCGCUCUCUGCUCGAUCUCCUCCCCCCCCCCUCCUCCUCUGUGUCGGAAGACCCCUAGCCUCCUCCUGCUCCCUUUUUCCGCGUCGGCUGGUCGGAACUCCUCCCGAAGCACCUUAUCGUCUGAUCAGCUUCUCGAGCUCCCCCUCCUCUACCUUGCGGCCGCCGCUUAUCUCUUCCUAACUGAGUAAAGUUGUUAUCUUUUUUCCCAUUUUACUAACUACUAUUAUUUUCCCAGGUUGUUACAGGUAGGAGGGGAGAUGGGGAAUAUAUUCACGAAGAAGCCCAAGAUCACGGAAGUCGACCGCGCGAUUCUCUCCCUCAAAACGCAGCGUCGAAAACUCGUGCAGUACCUGCAGCAGCUUGAGACAGUGAUUGAGGUUGAAAAACAAGCUGCAAAGGAUCUGAUUAGGGAAAAGAGGAAAGACAGGGCCUUGCUGGCCUUGAAGAAGAAGAAAGCUCAGGAAGAGCUCCUUAAACAAGUUGACGCAUGGCUAAUUAACGUUGAGCAACAAUUGGCAGAUAUUGAACUAGCAAGUAAGCAAAAGGCUGUGUUUGAAAGUUUGAAGACAGGAAACAAUGCCAUCAAAGCUAUACAAAGUGAGAUCAAGUUGGAAGAUGUUCAGAAAUUGAUGGAUGAUACAGCUGAGGCAAAGGCCUAUCAAGAUGAAAUAAAUGCUGCAUUAGGGGAGCAGCUCUCAGCUGAAGAUGAGGAAGCCGUUUUGGCAGAAUUCGAGAACUUGGAAACUGAGCUCACACUACAAUCAUUGCCGACAAUUCCUGCUUCAUCAGUGCCAGCUGAAGAGGGUGCUAAACUGUUUGUUGAAAAGCAGCCUGAAGCAGAAUCUCAGGCAGAGGAAAAAGAAGAUGAGACUCUCGACCUUCCUGAUGUACCCACGAAAAUUCCUGUGGCCGCUAAAGAUAGUGCUGCCAAAAGAACUGAAGUUUUGGAGGAGCCUCUACCUGCCUGAUCAAUGAAUUGUGAUAAGGAACAAUUUGGACUAUAGCUGCUUGCUCCAUGCUUCGAUCAACAGACUUGUAAAUUGUAUGGAUCCUGCUUUGUUGCUUUUAUCAUUCCAUUCAGGCAUCUACGUGUGCUUACUGAAACUUAAAAACUAAAUUCAGAUCUGUAAAAGGUGUAGCGAAACAUUGCUUUUUUAUGUCAUAUAUGUUUAUAACUUUCUUCCACCCUUACAUGUUCUUUUAGGAUUAUAUCUGCCUCUGUUAAAGUUGAUUAUUUUCACAGUUACACUGGUUACUGCUAUGUUUUUGUAUUAGCGGUGCUAUUCUCAUUACAGUGAUGUGCUCGGUGAUGGCAAGCAGAGGAAUAAAUGCGAUUUAAGUGUAA